GUUCAAUUAAACUGGUUAAACCACCAAAACCUAUUAAACCUGCACAUUUAAGUUCGAAUAGUUUGAGAAGUCGAGUGAAACGAGUUUUAAGCCGGAAUAGUUCCGGCUCGUCUAGUACGCCUAAUAGUCCGGUUUCGAGUUCUGGAAAACAGAUUUCCGAUAUUGUGCAUUCUCAAUCAUUUGAAUCUUUGCAAACGCGACAGUCACGCAGAAAUGCAAUAACUCCGGCUGAUAUUGAUGUUUUACAUUUACAAUUACCCCCAAAAAGUAUUCUUGGUCACAGACGACAACAUAGUAGUGGUGCUACAUGGGCUGGUAAUGGAAGCACACUAUCAUCACGACAUAGUGGUUUAUCAGCAACAACUAGUCCAGAACGUGUAAUGCGUAAUACCACACAUGAUUUAUUUGAAUUAAUUGAACGUAUACAAGGUAAUUCACGCAUUGAGGAUCAACGAUGUGCAUUACCACCAUCUGUUAUCAAGACAUCACGUGGUGAAGAAAGACAUAGUACACCUGGUACCGGAUUAACAUCCUUACAAACAUCCUCAUCAUCUUCAGCAGUUGUUAUACCAUUAACACCCCCAUCGUCACCAGGUAGUACCACAAAUAGUUGUUCACAACAGCAACAAUCAUGUAUAUCACCGUUAGAGGCAUCUCGGCGUCAUUUACAAGAUGUAUUAUCACGUGGUGUACAACCGUAUCCGAUGAUUGUAAUACCUGAUGAAGGUUAUUGGUUGGAUGGUACUGAUCAUGAAUAUUCAUGUGAUAAACAUGGUAUACCGUUAUUACCACAUACCACAACAGCGGCAUGGGGUGGAGGUGGUGCUAAAUUUGAAAUUGAUGAUACAGCCAAAUGUUAUCGACGAUUUUUUGUCAAUCGCGAACAUGCUACAUUAAUUGGGCAGGAUGAUACACUUGGACCUGUUUUAAUGUCUGUUAAAACUGAAAAUGUUGGCAAUCAAGAUCAUACAAGAAUUAUACUACGUUUACGAACCGGUACAACGCAUCAAAUUGUACCGAGUUCAUUUAUUGGUACUGCACCAAAUCCAACAAAGAUGGCCAAGUUUUUUAAUGCUGAAUUAAACAUUGAUCAUUUUCAACCUGUGCUAUGUCCUCGAGCAUCACAAUUAAUUGCCACUUAUGAUGAACGGGUGCUAAUAUCAAACUUUAAAUUUGGUGUUUUGUAUCAAAAAUUUGGACAAACGACCGAAGAAGAGCUAUUUUGUAAUAAUGAAACUAGUCCUGCGUUCGACCAAUUUUUAGAUUUGUUAGGUCAACGAAUACCAUUAAAAGAUCAUAAAGGAUAUCGUGGGGGCUUAGAUAUAAUAAAUGGACACACUGGUGAAGAAGCUGUAUAUGAAAACUUUAAAGAACGUGAAAUUAUGUUUCACGUAUCUACAUUACUCCCAUUUACUGAAAAUGACCCUCAACAAUUGCAAAGAAAAAGACAUAUUGGUAACGAUAUUGUUGCUAUUGUUUUUCAAGAAGAAAAUACUCCAUUUUCACCAGAAAUGAUUGCAUCUCAUUUUCUACAUGCUUAUAUAGUUAUACAACCAAUUGACGCAAAUACACCAAAUACAAAAUAUGCAGUGAGUGUAACAGCAAGAAAUGAUGUGCCAUUUUUCGGACCCACAUUGCCAACACCGGCGGUAUUUCGACAUGGUCCUGAAUUCAAAGAAUUCUUACUGACAAAAUUAAUAAACGCAGAAAACGCGUGCUACAAAGCUGAUAAAUUUGCUAAACUAGAAUUAAGAACGAGAGCAUCAUUAUUACAAACAUUAGCUGAUGAAUUAAAAGAUAAAACAAAAGAAUUUUUGGGUGUUGAAAGUCCUACAACACCUAUACCAGACACACCAAAGUCAGAUUCAAGUGGACCUGGUUCAAGAUUUAUUGAUACUGUACGAAAAGCACUCACAAGUGCACGAGGAAGAAUGCCAAGCACAGAAACCAGUAACAAUAAUUCAUCGGGGAAUGGUCAUGAGAAAGUUAAUUCUAAACGAAGUAAAGAAUCGGCGGUUAUUGAGUCAGUUUCACCAUCGAGUUGCAGAUCGCUUUCAAAAUCAUCGAUUAUCUCUGCAACAGGCAAAAAUUCUUCAACAUCACCAACAAGCUCACCUGAUUUAACAGCACACGCUGGUCUUGCCUUAUCUGAGGCAAGUGAUGCCAGUAGCUUAACAUCUGAAGAAUUAGAUCCAAUAGUCUUAGGUGGUGGUUACGCUGAUAGUCAAGGAUAUGCUGACAGUGAUACUGGUUUAGAAUCAAUGUCGAGUGCAGAAACUCAAGGAAAAAUGUGUGAAUGCCGUGGAGGAAUUGCUGAAUUACGUCAAGAGAUAACUCGAUUAAAAUGUGAUAAAUUGGAAUUAUUAAAACAGAAUUGUAAAUACCAGAACGAUAUAAAAAGGUAUCGAGAUCAAGAGUUAACACUACAGAGUGAUCUACAAACCGCAACAAAAGAAAUCCUACGAUUGCGUGAGCUAUUAAAGGAAUUCAGUAGUCCACGAGUCCCGGGUACAUCUUCACCUGUUUAAAUAAUUAUUAAUUAUUAAUAAUUUAUUUUAAAAAAUAUUACAAAACUAAAAAAUAUAUUAAAAAAUAAAACCAAAAUGUUAUGUUCGAAGCCAAAAAAU